UCUGUGUCAAUAGACUCAAUCCUGAAUGUUUACCGUCAUGAUUGGCCCAGACCACCCGUAAGAUGGACUUAUCCAGAUGGCGUGGCCGAGGAUCAAUCCAUGUCCUGGGGCCAAUUUCACAUCCUGGUGACUAUAUCAUGUAAUAUGAGCAGGGGCGGACUGACCAUUUGGAAACUCGGGCACUGCCCGAGGGCCUGGGGUCAGUAGGGGGCCCCAUGAGAUGCCCCUCGUACCUUUUUCAUAGGCUUUUUUGAGUUUGGGCAAGGACACAGGGGCCCCAUGAUCCCCUAUUGCCCGAGGGCCCCAUGA